CCUCCUCUUUCCUCCUUUCAUCCUCUCUCUCUCUCUCCCUCUCUCUCUCUCUCUCUCUCCCCCAUAGAAAGCAGGAAGCGAUUCGGACUCCGUCGUCCCCUCAUGAUGAUGGCCGAGAAUGACUCUUCGCCCUCUUCCUCAGAAAAACCCAAUCCUAAGAAGAAUGUCCAUAGAUUCCUCGGUGGAGGACAAGUGGCCGAUAUCCUGCUUUGGAAGCGAAGAAACGUCAGCAUUUCAAUUGUCGCUGGCGCUACGGCAUUCUGGUGGCUUUUCGACAGAGCCGGAUACAGUUUCCUGUCGUUCGUGGCCAAUGUCCUGCUUCUUCUCGUCUCCAUCCUAUUCUUCUGGGCGAAAUCCGCGACUCUUCUCAAUAGACCGCUUCCGCCUCUCCCAGAUCUCAAGCUAUCGGAAGAUCAGGUGGCCCAGGCUGCCGAAUCGACACGGUUGUAUAUCAAUGACGUAUUGGCGAUUGCGCACGAUCUUACAAUUAAGAAAGAUGUGAAGGUCUUUCUUGAGGUUUUUAUUGGUUUGUGGAUUGUUUCAUAUAUCGGAAGUUUCUUCAGUUUCCCAACAGUCGUCUACGUUGGAAUUAUAAUUUCUUUCACCAUUCCGGCCUUGUAUGAGAAGUACCAAGAUAGAGUCGACGAAAGAUUGAGCGCAACUCACAAUGUUGUCGUAAAACAGUAUAGAAAUGUCCAUGGAGCUGUCCUUAGCAGGAUCCCAAGCUCUGCAAGAAAGGAAAAGAAGACCCAGUAGGAUACAAUUCUUGCUGCAUGCGUCAAUGCAAGUUUUUGUUCUCUCUUCUACAAGGAGCUGUUUGGAGGAAGAAGGUACUUGUUAGGUGUUUUUGCAAUGGUGGACGAACAUUCACUAAGGAAUUUGGUUGUUCAAGAUAGCUUCAGACAAUAGAUUAAUUCUGAGUUCUGACCUCACUUUUUCUUCCUCUAAUGUGUUUUGUUAGUAAGCUAGGAUGGUUCAUUCUGCAUAAUGAACAGGUUGGGUAAUCUCCAUGGUGAGGUAUAAGCCUGCUUGCAGAUUGAGCUAAGAAUUGUCCUUUGACAUGAACAUGUAUACCACGCCUGCUUGGUUAAUCUCCUGCGCCACAUAGCUUCAUUGGAUAUAUCUAUUUUUUGGUA